AUGGUGUUGGCAGAAUCGCCAGAUGCGGAGCCACGAGGUGAUGCCAGCCCCGUUGCUGCUUCGCGUGUCUUCAACUGUACGCAGUGUAAGUCCAAGUUCAAUCGUCAGGCGCAUCUAAAACGCCACCAGAAAAGCCACCGGGCAGACAAGCCGUUCUCCUGCUUAUACUGCAAGUUACCCUCGUUCCGCAAGGAUGUCAUCACUCGCCAUACGAGGAACUUUCACCCCGAUAAGAUGCGAACGCCGAGUAACGACAAUAGCCGAAGUGGCAGCAGCUUGCCACCGCGCCGUGCCGCCUCGAUACAAGAACAGACCGACUUAGAUGGCACCGCUAGCGAUAAAGAGCCACGACGGAUGAGUACCCUAGGAACAAGCCUGUCGCAGGGCUCCGACGUCACCAGCGCGGUAUACGAGAGUUUCGGGGACUCCUUUUCUCGAGAGAACAGGCUAUUGGGGCUCGAUGCUCCCACCGUGACUUCAGCAGACAUGUUGGACAUAUGGGGAGAUUUCCAGUUUGCUGAUCCCGCUAUAUCGCAGUUGAUCGGACCAGACGUCUUGCUGCUUCCAGAUAUAGUCCCCCAGAACCACCAAAGGAUCGGAUUCACGCCUUUGCAGGCUCCUCCCUCUCCCAUCAGCAGUACCUCGAUGGCAAGUUGCCCACCCGAAAGAGAGGCGCCUUCUACAUUGAGGACGAGCAGUAUCAGAGAGCCAAGCAAAACUACGAGGCUGUCACCGCAUUGGACCGGUUUUUAAGUUACCGGUUUCCAUCCAAGUUUGCCGUCACUCGAUUUGUUCGAGGCUUCUUCGAGUGUAUGGCCCCGCACAUGCCCAUCGUGCAUCUUCCGACGUUUAAUAUCAUUUCCACCCCAGGUUUCUUGAAGCGCCUCUCUUGAUCAAGAUAAUGGCAUGCGGGGCUCUGUAUGCCAAGGAGCCGACUGCAGCACAGAGUCUACACUUGGCGGCC